AUGAUGUUCAAUUAUUUAAUUUUUUUUAUCCCUUAAAUUAGCUUCAAAUGCAUCUUAAUGAUGAAGAAUAUCUUCCAACUUUAGCUUUUCUAAAGAGAAACCAUUUAAGUUCCAAUUAUAAUAAGGUAGUAUCCAUACUUUUCCCCUAAGAUCUUUUACGAGAGGUUGCAAAAUAUCUUCUAAAUUUAAAGCACCUGCUUCAGGUUUGCCUUCUGA